AUGUCAUCUAAAUUAUACCUACCUACAAAUUUAUAUAAUUUCUGGAUAUAUAUUUUAUCAUGGUCUUUUGCUAGUAUAUAUAUAUUAUCUAUAUGGCAUUAUAUUAAAAUUAAAUACUCUCUUCAACCUAAACAAAUGAGAUGCCUAUUUGGUCUUAUAUUAUCUGUUACUUCCUCACUUGUAUCUAUUCCCAUAGCAUAUAAUUUAUGGAGUGUUUAUUUCUCAAAUAAUAUGAAUCUUCAACUCUUACUAGACUAUAAUACACAAUAUUACAAUAUAUAUAUCAUUUGCUUAUUUCUUGCAGCUUUUUUUUGGGAUUUAGUUUAUGGAUUUAUUUAUUUUCCAAAUGAUAUGUUUAUUUUUAGUGGUAUUUUUCAUCAUAUUGCCUAUACUAUAUUCUUAUUAUAUCUUAUUAAAGUAAAUACUUGCAAUUUAUUCCUUAUUGCAUUACCUGAAGAGAUACCUACUAUAUUAAUUUCAUAUCGUGGGAUAUUUCCUUAUCAUCUUACUGUGUUUAUAAAUCGAAUGUUUUGUUUAAAUUUUUUAUUAUUCCGUAUUAUAUAUCAUAUAUUGGGUUAUUGUUUGUUAUUUUACUCUUCUUUAAAUAGAUCAAUUACUUAUUUAUGGAUACCUAUAUCACUUACAAUAUUUGUACAUUGUAAUUGGUAUAUAAAAUGGCUUAGGAAACAUGUUUAUAAUGUACACAAUUCAGCUUCAAAUGAAAUGAGCUAUAUAGCAAUUACAGAUGAUGAUAUAGACGAAAUUACAUAA